AGACCUGCUAGUGCUAAUUAUUAACUCUUUUUUCAGAUCUAUAACAGUAUACCUGAAGUCAACAAUGUUUUCCAAGCUAGCCCACUCUCGGACCGUCACUGUUCUCUGUCGAGGUGUUCAUGCUUCAGUGAGUUCUGCUACCUCAGUUGCUACUAAAAAAACCGUCCAAGGACCUCCAUCCUCUGAGUACAUAUUUGAACGUGAGGCUAAAUAUGGUGCCCACAACUAUCACCCACUGCCUGUUGCUCUGGAAAAAGGAAAAGGUAUUUAUGUAUGGGAUGUUGAAGGCAGAAAAUAUUUUGACUUUCUGAGUGCUUACAGUGCUGUCAAUCAAGGCCACUGUCAUCCAAAGAUUGUGAAUGCUCUGAAAGCUCAGUCUGAAAAACUGACCCUUACAUCUAGAGCAUUCUACAAUGAUGUACUUGGUGAAUACGAGGAGUUUGUCACCAAAAUGUUCAAUUACAACAAAGUUCUUCCAAUGAACACAGGAGUGGAAGCCGGAGAAACUGCCUGUAAACUGGCUCGAAAGUGGGCAUACACUGUGAAAGGAAUUCCAAAAUACAAAGCAAAAAUUAUUUUUGCGGCUGGCAACUUCUGGGGUAGAACAAUGUCUGCUAUCUCUAGUUCUACUGACCCAUCCAGUUAUGAUGGCUUUGGACCCUUUAUGCCAGGUUUUGAAGUGAUACCAUACAAUGAUCUACCGGCUCUUGAGCGGGCGCUUCAAGAUCCCAAUGUGGCAGCUUUCAUGGUUGAACCAAUUCAAGGUGAAGCAGGUGUGGUUGUUCCUGACAAAGGCUACCUCACAGGAGUGCGGGACCUCUGCACAAAGCACAAUGUUUUAUUUAUUGUGGAUGAAAUACAGACCGGUUUAGGUAGAACGGGGAAAAUGCUAGCUGUUGACCAUGAAAAUGUGAGACCUGAUCUAAUUCUUCUUGGAAAGGCCCUUUCUGGUGGCUUAUAUCCUGUCUCAGCAGUACUAUGUGAUGAUGAAAUUAUGUUGACCAUUAAGCCUGGUGAACAUGGAUCUACAUAUGGAGGAAAUCCAUUAGCUUGCCGUGUGGCCCUGGCAGCACUGGAGGUAAUUGAAGAAGAAGACUUGGUUAAAAAUGCAGAAGUAAUGGGUAACAUAUUGAGAAAAGAGCUCAUGAAGACGCCAUCUGAUAUCGUAACUUGCGUAAGAGGAAGAGGACUAUUAAAUGCAAUUGUGAUUCGGGAAACCAACGGGUUCUCUUUCUUAAAUAUAUAUAUUGCUGUAUCUGGACAAGCUUUCAGCAGUGGAAGAGCAAAACUCAGGGUGCUGGUGGCAAACUUUAUAAACAUCUCUCUCCCCUCUUGUUUUUUUUUCUCCUCCCCCCCCCCCCCCCGUGAUAACGGACUUCUUGCCAAACCUACCCAUGGUGAUAUCAUUCGACUGGCACCGCCGCUUGUGAUUAAGGAGGAUGAAAUCAGAGAGUGCAUUGAAAUAAUUCAUAAGACCAUUCUGUCGUUCUGAAUACGUGGCUUUUCAAGUGUAUCUGCUGACUGACCCAAGGUGAUGUGUUGAAAUAUGUACUAUGAAGGCCUACUCUUGAAGCAAGCAUCUUUCAUUCCUUUUAUCUAAGAAGACUUAACUCUUUAAAAUUUAGCUAUAUCUUUAAAUUAUAUUGGAUCUGAAGAAAAUAAAUCAUGAUUCUAAAGAGCUUCCAAUCUUGAUAUGCUUGGAAACAAAGUGGUGAGGUUCUGUUCAUCUAGUUAUGUACCUACUGAACACUUAAGUCAGAAUGUUUGAGGAGAGAUAAAUGUAGAAAUUUGUUUAAUUAUUGAAAGUCUUGCCCAAAGUUUAAAGUGCAAUUUAUAUAUAUUUUAAUAAGAGUGGUCGUACACUCUCCUAGAAUUCUCCAAAACUUCAUAUUUGGCAUUUUCGCCCCUUGGCGAGAUGUCUGUAGGGCAGAAGCACUUGUCAUUGUGGUUGAAUUUCUGUUUCUCAUUUGUAGCUAGAAGAAACUUCUAAUACUGAAGGUGUGACAAACUAGAUGUUAUGCUGGUGAACCUGACAAGCAUCAGGUUAUGUUCUGUAUGUAAAAUAUUUUGAUUGUAUGACAUGAGUUGCUGUUUUCAAGACUGGUCUCUGGCUUUCCAACUUGUAAAAUAGAUCUGAGUGUGCAGAUCUGUUUUUAUGGCUAUAAAUCUUUCUAUAAUCUACAUAUUUACAUUAAAACUUCUGUUACAUUAAAAAAAUAAACGUGCAAUUCAAAUCAACAGUGUAUUCAAAAA